GCCGAUAUAUCUGUUGCUUCCAUUCCUAUUCGUCUCCAUAUUCUACUAUAUGGUUGGUCUGAACAGCGGUGUAAUCCAGUUCUUCACGUGUGCACUCAUCAGCGUAUUGGUGGCCAACACUGCGUGCAGUUUCGGUUACUUCAUCUCAUGCCUGACCAGUGAUGUGACCAUUGCGUUGGCGCUGACACCGCCAGUGAUGGUCGCCUUUCUUAUAUUCGGCGGCUAUUUCUUAAACAACAGUUCAGUUCCCGUGUAUUUCAUAUGGUUUAAGUACAUGUCGUGGUUCUAUUACGGCAACGAAGCUCUGGUCAUCAAUCAAUGGCGAAACAUUCAUCACAUCCACUGUCCGUCUGAUAACAGCACUCUAGAGAUGGCUAACUAUACGACAGCGACGGCGACGACAGGCCAUUGCAUAAGAACCGGUCGGGAAGUGAUCGAAACGCUUCACUUCUCGGAAAACCGCUUCACCGCCGAUAUUACCGCACUUUUGCUCCUCAUUCUAGUCUUCAGGUCAAUGGCAUUCAUCGCACUCUUCAUGCGCUCCACAAGACGUUAGGAUAAAUACAUACAUAAUAUAUAAUUUAAUCAUCGAUAGUAUCCAUCGAUACUUGUGUUCAUUUCAAUUGUAGC